AUGAUGGAAGUUUUUGAAACUCUUGAAGAUGAGUUUGAUGAAUACUUUGAUCGCAUCACAACACCGCGCAGGAAUCCUGUAUUUCAGAAUAGAACUAACUAUAUGGAGACAUUGGACGAAACGGACUUUAGGACACGGUUCAGACUUACUAAAGAAGCCGUGAUGUUUGUUUAUUCAAUGAUCGAAGAAACAAUUUCUGCCCCUACAGAAAGUUUGUAUAAUAUAACUUUUAUUUUAGGUGGAGACAAUGCAGAAGAAUGGAGAGACAGAAAGUCACAGUUUUCUUUUAAUGUUCAAACUGUAGUGAGUGCAAAGUUGAAGAUUUUAGACAUAGUGAACGAAUCUCAAAUUCGAAGUAGAAAUGUGGUGGAAAGGACAUAUGGUGUUUGGAAAAAUCGGUUCCCCAUUUUGUCAAAAAAGGUUUUGCUUCAUGUAUCUCGUGUACAAGCCGUGAUAGUGGCAUGUGCAGUGUUGCACAAUAUUGCUAUUGAUAUGCGAGAUGAACAUUUUGAACUACUGCAACAAGUAGAUGAACCUGCUGAUGAUAUUGAUCAAAGCGCAAUUGACAACGUGGGAAAUGCAAGUGUGCGAAGUAAUCUUAUUAGUGAUUAUUUUGCUUUAUUACUAUAA